AUGGCAUCUAAUCAGGACGUAGCUGCCCGGAAACAACAAGAUCUCCAGGCACAGUACAACAACUACAAAACUGCCCUCCAAUCACUGGCACAGAAGGUCGGUGAGAUCGAGCAAGAGGUAGAGGAACACAAGCUGGUCACAGAGACCUUGCAGCCGUUACCAGAAGAUCGCAAAUGCUUCAGGCUCAUCAACGGUGUGCUUGUGGAGAGGACUGUCAAAGAUGUGCUGCCUGCGCUCAACACGAACUCAGAUGGUCUGAAACAGGUUCUGGAAGAGCUGGUGAAACAGUACAAGGGCAAGCAAGAUGAGAUGGACAAGUGGAAGGCAAGCAUCCCUCCUCGAUCUUUGCUGCACUCGCUAACCUUCAGAUGCAGAAAAAGAAUAACAUUCAAGUUGUUCAAAACUAGCCAUAUUCGUAGACUUGUCGAUGCCUCUAGGAUGCAAACACUGCGUGACGGAUAG